AUGGCCAUAUUUUCACCCUCUUCUACUGUCUCUCCAAAACCUCACAAUGCUCUUCCUCUUCACGAGCUUUUGCUCCUUUCGCCUUCUCCUCUCAGAAGAUCAAAGACCCGUCUCUCGGAGAGGGUUGAAAUGGCUGAAGAGGCCGUUGAGCCAAAUGGAGCACGUAAGAAAUGCAAGAACAGAAAUGCUGCAAUGGGUUUGGUGGGUUGUGCUUCUCCGAGGAAUGGUCGGAGAUCGAGGAAAAAGUUGGAGCAUGAGAUAAGGGAAGAGAAGGAUUUGGGAAUGGUGGAAGAGAUGGGUAAGGCUAGGAAAAGAAGGCAUAGUGGUCGGUCCAAGAAGGAAAAACUGAGCUUGGUACUUUCAAUUCCAUCUCCAAAAGCACAAGAUGGUUAUGAGUAUAAUCUUGACCAAAUGGGGCAGCUGAUAACUGAUCUGAUUAUGUGGAAAGAUGUUGCAAAAUCAAGCCUUUGCAUUUUCUCAGCGAUUUCUCAGUUGGGACUCCUUUUUUUGGCAUUCAUAUCUAUUGUAAUAAUUCGAUACUAUCGACAACACUCAGAAUCAAAAGUUGAAGAAGAGGUAGCAGAAAAGGGUGAAGAAGAAGAGCAGCAACAACAGCAAGCACUGGUUGCGGUAGAGAGUGGAUCCCAAAAGUAA